GCUGUUGACCGCCCGGGCCCGCCCGACGCGGUCCCCACCCCCGCCCCGACCCCGCCAGCUGAAGUCGCGGACCCGGGGAGCAGCCGCGGCCCCGGCAUGGUGCUCAAGGCCUUCUUCCCCACGUGCUGUGCCUCGGCGGACAGCGGCCUCCUAGUUGGACGGUGGGUCCCGGAGCAGAGCAGUGCCGUGGUCCUGGCUGUGGUGCACUUUCCCUUCAUCCCCAUCCAGGUCAAGGAGCUCCUGGCCCAGGUGCAGCAGGCCAGUCAGGUGGGCGUGACUGUGCUGGGCACCUGGUGCCACCGCCGGCAAGAGCCGGAGGAGAGCCUGGGCCACUUCCUGGAGGGCCUGGGCGCCAUCUUCUCCCACAAGCCCUGGUUCCAGCUAUGCCGAGAGAGAGGCAGCAAGUCCUGGAGAUGCAAGGCCACCCACUGGCAGGGGCCCGCCUCCCCUGCCACCUCCGGCGAGGACCAGGUCAUUCUUAUUUUCUACGACCAGCGCAAGGUGCUGCUGUCCCAACUGCACCCGCCCACGGCCCUGCCCGACUGCCAGGCUGGGGACACCACAGCCAGUGCGGGGGGCCUGGCUGCUGUCUUUGACACAGUGGCGUGUAGCGAGGCACUCUUCCAAAGUGACCGGUUCGAUGAGGGCCCCGUGCGGCUGAGCCACUGGCAGUCGGAGGGCAUGGAGACUAGCAUCCUCGUGGAGCUGGCCAAGUGGGCAGCAGGGCCUGUCUGCCUGUUUCUGGCCUGCCUGCUGUCUCUCAUCUCGGCUGCCAGCGCCUGUCGGGUGUUCAGGCUGUGGCCACUGUCCUUCAUCUGGAGCAGACUCUCCACGUGCGAGCAGCUCAGGCACCGGCUGGAGCAGCUCACACUCAUCUUUAGCACCCGGAAGGCUAAGAAUCCCACCCAGCUGAUGAGGAAGGCCAACAUGCUUGUCUCUGUGCUCUUGGAUGUGGCCCUUGGCCUCAUGCUGCUGUCCUGGCUCCACAGGAAGGACCUCAUCGGGCAGCUGGCUGAUGCCCUCAUCCCUGUGGCUGACCACGUGGCCGAGGAGCUCCAGCAUCUGCUACAGUGGCUGAUGGGCGCACCUGCUGGGCUCAAGAUGAACCGGGCGCUGGACCAGGUGCUGGGCCGCUUCUUCCUGUACCACAUCCACCUGUGGAUCAGCUACAUCCACCUCAUGUCCCCCUUCAUUGAGCGCAUCCUGUGGCAUGUGGGCCUUUCAGCCUGCCUGGGCCUGACGGUCGCCCUGUCCAUCCUCUCAGACAUCAUAGCCCUCCUCACCUUCCACAUCUACUGCUUCUAUGUCUAUGGCGCCAGGCUAUACUGCCUGAAGAUCCGUGGCCUGUCCUCACUCUGGCGCCUGUUCCGAGGGAAGAAGUGGAAUGUUCUGCGCCAGCGCGUGGACUCCUGCUCCUAUGACCUGGACCAGCUGUUCAUCGGGACCUUGCUGUUCACCAUCCUGGUCUUCCUUCUGCCCACCACGGCCCUGUACUACUUGGUGUUCACCCUGCUCCGGCUCCUGGUGGUCGCUGUGCAGGGCCUGAUCCAUCUGCUUGUGGACCUCAUCAACUCCCUGCCGCUGUACUCACUCGGCCUCCGGCUCUGCCGGCCCUACAGGCUCGCAGCUGGGGUGAAGUUCCGAGUCUUGGAGCACGAGACUGGCAGGCCCCUCCGCCUCCUGAUGCAGAUAAACCCCCUGCCCUACAGUCGUGUGGUGCACACCUACCGCCUCCCCACCUGUGGUUGCCACCCCAAGCACUCCUGGGGUUCCCUGUGCCGCAAGCUGUUCUUCGGGGAGCUCAUCUACCCCUGGAGGCAGAGAGGGAACAAGCAGGACUGA